AUGACUUUGUACACCGACAACUUGGCGAUCACCACAAAGAGUCCUGAUUCAAAUGAGAGAACUUGUAAACAAGAGAAAGAAAGUUUGAUUGAAUCAGGUACAAAACCCUCUUGUUUACCGCAGGAAGAUUUUGCCUACAUCAUAGACAAGGACGCUGCUUGUGCCGAGAUCGAAAAAGCAAAAAAAAAUCCGGAAACAAAACCUGACCUGUCUUAUAUCGCUCUCAUCUCCAUGGCUAUUCAGAGUUCAGAGGAGAAACGAUUGCUUCUGUCAGAAAUCUACCAAUGGAUCUCAGAGAACUUCCCCUAUUAUCAGAGCAAAGACAAAAGUUGGAGAAACAGCGUCCGUCACAACCUUUCCCUGAAUGAGUGCUUUGUGAAAAAUGGGCGCAGUGAAAAUGGCAAGGGUAACUACUGGUCCAUUCACCUUGCAAACGUCGAAGACUUUGAGCAGGGAGAUUUCCGUAGGAGACAUGCUCGUCGUCGAGUGCGAAAAUGCGACGAAGAGUUCCGAAAACUGACUUCGGCUUUGUGCUCCGAUUCCAAUUCUUCACAAUGUAGCUCCGGGACAGUCGCAGAAACGUCGAAUACUUCCCAAAUAUCUCCUCCUUGUAGUCCUUCUGUGCAAGGUUACGUUCCAAUGACAAGUGUUAUGACGGCAACGAGCGAGUUGAUUGCUACUUUCGGGAUAGACGCCAUUUUGUCUGAAGAGGAGCAGCACAUGUAUUUUCAGAGAUCUCCGCAUGCCCAGAAUUUCCAAUCUAAUUCACUGCAGUCAGGUCUGAACGGAGAAUCAUUUCACUGUGGGGCACAUCAGAUGACCUUGUUUUCGCCUGUAAUACACACAGCGCCUUCUCUCAACUCUUAUUUGAUGCCGAAUUACUCGUAUCCCAGUCUGAUAUACACUUCUAGUCAGGAGAAAUCAGUCUGA